GCCAUGCAAGCCACGCAACGCAGGCCCCCAGCGGAUCGUUCUCCGUUGCCGAUCGUUGAAACAUGCUUCUGCUCUCCUUGUCACCGUCACUCUUUCCUCCACCUGCAUUUUCUACCUUGUCUUACUUCACUCGCUGUCCUUUGUGAUUCCAGAGGCCCGAUCUGUCCAGAGGCACUCCCUUCUUGUGACAUCACACGCUCUCUGCUGGGUCUACUUGUUUCCACUUGCUCGUUGAACUGUACGCUAUUCAAUGCCAAUGAUAAUCGUUACUUGAACGCUUCUCUUCCUGCUCGCUCGCUAUGGGCUUCUUUCUGCGACGCUUCGCUAUUGCUUGCACAUUUACCGGCUUGCUGUUUCUUGCUUACCACCAGCUCGCCCUACGAAAUGAGCCUCUCCCUACCAACGGGACGUCAUCAUCUCUAAUCACUAGUCCGGUCGUAUGGAAAGACAUACCCCAGCGAUACCCUGUUACCUCGAUGAUCCCCUUACCCAAGGGCACGCCCUUACCGAUCCCUCGUAUCCAGCACCACUUCGGCGUCGAGACGGAGAACAACAAACAAGAGAGACUGCAAAGGCAAGCUGCAGUCAAGGCAGCGUUUACGCAUUCUUGGGAAGGCUACAAGAAGCAUGCAUGGCUACAGGACGAAGUUACUCCGCUCUCCGCGAGCUACAAAAACACCUUCGGAAACCGCGCUGCGACUUUAGUGGACUCGUUAGAUACCUUGUUUAUCAUGGGCUUAGAUGAAGACUUUGACAUAGCACUCAGAGCGAUACAAAAGAUCGACUUCAGUACCACGGCCGAACCUGUCCUCAACGUCUUCGAGACAAACAUCCGCUACCUGGGAGGCUUGUUGAGUGCAUACGAUUUGAGCGAAGGAAAACAUCACGUUCUCCUGCAAAAGGCAGUCCAGCUCGGUGAUAUGCUUUACGGAGCUUUUGACACACCUAAUCGCCUCCCCAUUACACGGUGGGACUGGGUCAAUGGUGCGCUUAAUCUAGACCAGGAGGCCCCAAUGACCGCCUUGAGUGCCGAAUUGGGUUCUUUGAGCUUGGAAUUCACCCGGCUGACGCAACUGACCGGCGAUGCGAAAUACUACGACGCUGUGCAGAGGAUCUCCGAUCUGGUCGAACUCCAACAGAAUGCUACUGCUAUCCCAGGACUCAUACCGAUCACCGUUAGCCCGAUUGACAAUGAUUUGACUGCAUACAAGACCUUCUCAUUCGGCGCAAUGUCCGAUUCGUUAUACGAAUACUUUCCCAAAGAAUACAUGCUGUUGUCCGGACGCCACGACCAGUAUCGCGUUCUCUACGAGAAUGCCAUCGAAGCAGCGAAGCAGCAUCUCUUCUUCCGUCCGAUGACCCCUCAGAACCAAGACAUUCUCAUCUCAGGCAACGUCCGGAUGAGCAGCCUCGGCAUGGUCAAGCUCGACCCUGAGGCACAACAUCUCGCCUGCUUUGCGGGUGGAAUGGUCGGCAUCGCUGCCAAGAUCUUCAACCGCACUGAGGAACUCGAGGUCGCGCGGAAACUGGUCGAUGGGUGCAUAUGGGCUUACAAUUCCACACCGACCAACAUUAUGCCCGAAACGUUCCACGUCGUUCCAUGUGCAGACCCAAACGAUUGCGAGUGGAAUGAGGAACGGUGGCACCGUGGCAUUAUGGAUCAACACGUGCUUGACAGCACGAAAGACCCUACGCAAAUCAUCAAAGACGACGGAUUACAACCUGGAAUGACCAAGAUUGGAGACAGGAGGUUCUUGCUGCGACCAGAGGCGAUCGAGUCCAUCUUCAUACUGUAUCGGAUAACUGGCGAUCCGACCCUCGAAGAUGCGGCGUGGAACAUGUUUACGGCCAUCAGCAACGCGACCGAAACUGCCAUCGCGCACUCCGCUAUCGAGGAUGUCACGGUUGAACAAGCCCAGGGGACGACGAAGAUCGACGAGUGUGAGAGCUUUUGGAUGGCGGAGACAUUGAAGUACUUUUAUCUGAUCUUCUCCGAGCCGGGACUGGUAAGUUUAGACGAAUACGUGUUUAACACGGAGGCACAUCCGCUGCGCCGGCCGCAUGCAAAAUAAUGGUAUGCAUUGGACAUCAUACGGAGUUCGGUAGUAUAUUGGAUAUGGACAUUGCGAAAUUUGAAGGCGCUUGGAUAGACAAAGUUUAUUAUACCUUGGAUGCAUCGAAACUCACGAUGUGGACGCACAGGGCUAGAGGCUCUGCCAUCUACAGUACAGUAUAUUUGAAAUUUAAAUUGAC